AUGGCUGCAGCGGACGAUAAUAUCGUGACCCUCAUACAGGAGGUCGCCUCGCAGUUCCAGAGAUCCGGCGCCGACCUCCAAAACAUCCAAAAGACAACCCACGAUAUGCGCGAAGCAGAAAACAACCGCAACGAGAUGAUGCAUGACGCCCGCACACUGCUUCAGAAGAUGUCGAGGAAUCUUCAACUUUCAAGGUCCAAGGGAUCGAGGCAGCAUGUGGACCCUGACAGUUUACGACACGACGACCGGAUGAUGGAGAUGGAUCAGCAAAAGUUUUCGAUCGCCAAGGCAAUCCAGGACAUAGACCAGGAUAUCACGUCACUCGAAGCCGAGAUUCAUCAGCUGAGGAUGCAGAGCCUGGAACUUGACUCUUCUUACACAAGCUCUUCUGGUGGUGCCUCUAGUGGUUCUUCAGCAGCAACAGCGGGGGCGUCCAAGAGCAGUGGGUCAUCAGGAGGAGAAGGCGAUGGGGAUAUGGGAGACGGUGACGCUGGAACGAAUGGCGCUUCUGUACGAGGACGUGGAGGGCGGAAUGGGGGAAUAGACAAGGAUGAAGUCAUGCUGAACGACGAAGAAGAUAUCCUAGACGAUACCGCCCAUGCCAUGGCUGUGCUGCGGCUUCAGUUGUACAGAGGAAUUGGUAUCGAGAUGCUGGAGAAUGAGCUGGGGGUCUACUCAAAAGCGCGCAUCCGAUCUAGCUCAAAGAACGAUGUUCAUCUUGUCAAGUUUGACGAUCAGCUCUCGCCUUACUUCCAGACGAACCUCAUCUGGGAGUUUGCCUCAUAA